ACUCCUGACGCCAAUAAACGCACUUCAGCAGGCUACCAUUUCCGCGCUUUGCUCUACGUCUAUGAGAUAGCCUUUCAUAAUCUCAACUAACGUCACAUUUAUUAUAUGAUUAAAAUAAGGGGUUCUUUACUAGUAUGUAUCUUGGUUAGUCCACACGUAGGCCUCUACUGUCACUUUAGGUAACAGAAACUCAAGGUAGCGAAGAAUUUCCCUGGCCCAGUGAGAAAAGCUACAGGCUACAGAUAGUCAGAUAUUAGCUAAUUGACUUCUGCUAAGCUUCAUACUCUAUGCGAUAGUUGAUGACUAGCAGUUUGAGCUUGUCAAUGUAGCUCGCCUUCGGAGCUUGAAAUGGCAUCAUUUAUAUGGGGUUUGUUUGACCAAUCCCGUUGAAGAAUAUUUAGGUGUAAGGGCCAGAUAGGAGUUGAGCUUCCCCGCACAACGGCAUGCCGAUGACUAUGGUGAUGGUAUCCUACUAAACGAACUCUCCAUUCAAUAGCGUCCCAUAUUACCUGAAGAUUGACUAUAUUAAUCCGAAAUAUAUAGGAAUUAAAAGAUGUCUCCUUCGCGUGUAGGCGAUGUCCUUGAAUAUGAAUAUCCCAAUGAAACCAAGGAACAAUUAGAAUAUGCCGACUUAGAAGCGCUGGAUAUCUCUAAGCUGAACCAACCAGGAGGUAAACAGGAGUUGGCAGAGCAAGUGCUGCGAUUUAUCAAUCAAAAUGGUUUCUUUUAUGUUACUGGACAUGGAUUUUCCGAUGAAGAAGUGAGGCGCCAAUAUGCGUUAUGCGAAGCGUUCUUCGAGCUCUCGCUAGAGGAGAAACUGAAAUACAUAUGCGACACGGCCAAGGGCGACUUCAGGGGGUACAAGCCCCAAUCUACGGGGAAGCUAGCUGCGCGCGACAAUGACGAACGGUAUAACAUUCCCAAAUUCACACUAGAGCAUGAGCGACCGCAUCCACAAUUGAUUAGGGAGCAUUGGGACGAGAUCAAGGCCUUCUCACUUAAGAUCCAUAACGACGUCUUGCUCCCAUUGCUACGACUGUUUGCCUACGUGCUUGAGAUCGACGAGGAUUUCCUCGUCGAGCGCCAUCGCUACGAGGCGGAAGGUCUCGAGUAUCUGCGGUACAUGAAAUACUAUCCACGCUCUGCGGAAGCGGAUGCUCAACUCGGGAACAUCUGGGCGAAGGGACAUACUGACUACAACACGCUGACCUUCCUAUUCCACCAACCCGUAGCCGGGCUACAAGUACAGACACCCGAAGGGCAAUGGAAAUACGUUAGAUCACCUAGGGACGCGAUUAUUGUAAACAUCGCCGACGCACUGGAAUUCCUAAGCGGCGGGUACUUAAAGAGUACCGUUCACCGCGUCGUCAGACCGCCGGCAGGCCAAGCGGAUCGGCCUAGACUUAGCUUGAUCUACUUCGCGCGGCCUGAGGCGAAUAUUAUACUGAAACCUAUUUCGAGUCCUUUGCUGCAGAGGCUAGGGUUGCAGGCUGAUGCGGAACAAUUCUCGCAUGAUGUUACAGCUGAAGAGUGGGCAAGGGCGCGAAUUGCUAAGGAUCAUAGGUUUCGUACGGGGUUGGUUGAUCAGAGGGAGAAGGAGAUUAUUGCUGGUGUGAAUCAAAAGUACUAUGAUUGAAUGGGAGAGAAGAGCUUAUCGGAGUCACAAGGCCACAUUUUUCUGUCUUCAUUAUACACCCGCGGAAUGUUUCUCUAAUUGAGAGUGAAUUAUCACACCCUUUUAACUGGUCUCCGGUUUUGGUACGGUGGCUACCCGGUGGCUUACAAGUCACAAAUCGCCAAGUAGUCCUAAUAUCAACCAACGUUCACAG